AUGACCGCAAACGGAACGGAUGGUCAGUCAACAAUGACUGCUCAAGGUGGUGGCGUAGGAUCAUCAAGCGCUCUAACCUCAGCCAAUAUGCAAGUGAACGGAGAUAGAAGUAAUCAGGAUUUUCAUUCUGCAUCUGAUUUUAGUUUCCCGUUAAUGGUCGAAGCAAAAAGUUUGCACUUUCUGAACAUCUAUACUCUCGAAAUAGCAAUAAUUGAGACGAUCAUUGUAUCACUCACGUGA